AUGAUUCGCAAUUAUUUUUUUUAUUCCUUGAACAACAUUAAGCAAGUUCAUCAGCGCAAAGCCCCUUCUGACAUGUCUCUGCCAAGACGAAGUGGUAGCUCUGUCGCUCACUUUGCGGCUGAUUUUAUGGACCUUGGGUCGAUCCUGGAGACAACCGAUCUUACUGGGAGCCUCAAGGCUCUUUUGGGAAUUGAUGCAAACCACUUUGAUAUAGUCAAGGAGCCUUCGGUGAAAGUGAGCGGAAAUACUCUGCUGUGGUGUCUCAAGAAUUAUCAAAUAUUUGACUACAUAUACAACCGCACAUUUAUCCAAGUGUCGAUCUUGAAGUUCGUGGACCAUGACGACGACAAGUAUGGGAAAAUCUCUAAAGCUUCUGGGCCCAUUAACCCUUGCAAGGCUGAGGAUGUGCUGAGUAAUGAUGAAGCUUCAUAUGGCUCAGGUAUACCUUCACAAUCAGCUGUCUUAGGUGAUGAGUGCGACAAGGAGUAG